UACACUUACCUGGUCUCCGGUCUUGCCUCGCCGUGUCAGUACGGGCUUUACCCCAAGUGAAAUGACGACGGGCGCGACGACGUCCAAAAAGACGCGAUCUGGGUAGGCGCCGUUGUCACGUGGUCCGCGUCCUACGAUCCCCAAACCGCCACCUGUCAACUGUCGGUUCUUAUGUCACGUGAUGCGUGGUUGUGUUUUAUGGACCGCGGAAGUCUUGCAGCGCAUUGACCUCCCUCAUGUAUGUGAUAAUAAGUGUUUUGAAGAUAUUUCUGGCGGUUGUUUCUGCGUGUGGAAGUGAUCUGAUUGUCGACACAGUUGGGAUUUUUUUCGGAUUUUGUUUGGCGCGGUUUUUUUGAGGUCCGCAUCUCUGUGAAAUAAUUCUGUUGAAAUUAACAUGGACGUAUUCAAAAUCGAACCAUCUUUGAAUGGGAACCUAGGAAGUGCUCCGUCUCCCGACAAAAUAACUCCAGAAGUGUCGUUCGACGCUGGUUCCGAGUUCAAUCUGUGUUUUUUCGAUACUCCGGACGACAGCAACACUCAAGGAUUCAGCGAUCCGGGUUCAGUCGGUUCUACCUCCGCCGGAUCGCCGCCUCCGCCACUGCAUUUGCCAUUGACUGUUACUAAUAGUCCAACUUCGUCGACUUCUGUUCUUUUGUCUCCGCCCGGUGUAACAUCCUCUGCCAAUACUAUCACUGUUAAACAAGAACAUUAUGUGCCUGCAGAUUCGAAUAGCUCAUCAACAACCAAAUCCUUUGUUCCUUGUAAAGUUUGUGGAGACAAGGCAUCAGGUUAUCAUUAUGGUGUAACGUCUUGUGAAGGCUGUAAGGGAUUUUUUAGGAGAAGUAUACAAAAACAAAUAGAAUACAGAUGUUUGAGAGAUGGAAAAUGUCUUGUUAUACGACUGAAUAGAAAUAGAUGUCAGUAUUGUAGAUUCAAAAAAUGCUUGGCAGUUGGAAUGUCUAGAGAUUCUGUAAGAUACGGCCGCGUUCCAAAACGAUCCAGAGAAAGGAGCAUAGAGGAAACUUCCAGGGUAACAACAUCUGGAGAAGCGGAUCAAUCAGUGGACGUCGAGAUGAGGCAUUGCCCGCUUUUGGAUCUAAUUGCGACGGUUUCGCAGGCUCAUGUAACGAACUGUGGAUACAUAGAUGAGCACACGAAUAGUCUGAUACCGACUCCCCUCGUUUUUCCUCCAACCGAGGAGAAUGGUGCUGCCUCCUCAACUGCGGAAACCAGGGAGAAGCAGAAAUGCUUUCUGUGGCAGCACACGGCGACGCGGAUCACACCCUGUAUACAGCGGCUGGUCGAAUUCGCAAAAAGAGUUCCUGGUUUUACUGAAUUGCAGCAAGACGAUCAACUGAUUCUACUGAAACUCGGUUUCUUGGAGAUUUGGUUCUGUCACGUGGCCAAGAUGACCAAUGACACGGCUUUCAUGUUCGAGGAUGGUUUGAAACUCUCUAAACAACAGUUGGAGAUAAUGUACGAUACCGAUUUCGUCAACUCACUGAUGGAUUUCGCAAAAUCGUUCAAUCACUUACAAUUGAGCGACGAGGAAAUUGGGCUUUUCUCUGGAAUUUUAUUGUUGACAGCAGAUCGAGUGGGUAUACUUGAUAUCAAGAAGAUAGAAACGUUACAGGACAGACUUUUGGAAGCAAUGAAAAUACAUGUUCUUCGGAAUCACCCAGAGGAGGGUCAAAUUUACGAAAGCCUGCUAUCCACGAAUUCAGAGGUACGGUUAUUGAGUGCCAAGUUCGCCAUCCAUCUGGAGUGGCUACGACAGAACUGGUCAAAGGUUUCUUUGCCUCCCCUGUUUGCUGAAAUCUUCGAUAUACCAAAGGAGGACUCACAAUGACGCGAUCUUAUAAGAAAACAGGGUUAAUCGGAAGCCACAACUAUUCUGAAUCUUCUCCUGGACCUCCACGAGUAAGAUUUGGAUAGAGAAUGGCAAAGCACACAGCUGAACUAGUUAUGACAAGAAAACACGUUCUAGUGAAAUGAUGGACAAUGGAUUGUUCUAUCAAAAGUACUCUAUGUCAGUUACUGAAGUUUAUGCACCACAAAUUUUUGUCCUCUUCGAAUCUGCAAACGUAGGGCCCAUCAGUAAAGGCUUCUUCAGACGAAUCAGCAAUAAUAUCUUCAUACUGUCGCCAAAAGAAAUCAACAUUCCAUUGUGAGAAUCUGAUUGCAAUAACCUUGCUAGAAUAAUCAUAAUCAUUAUCACUAAUGGUGAUUGAAUCUUUCAAAUGUAGAAAAUGGUGCUAAUUCUCUCUUAAAUGAUGAUGUUUGAUGAUAUUGUGUGAGUUUUGAGUGUACAGUGAAUGUUUGAUACCUUCUGAAAUAAGUAACUGAAAAUUCAAGAAUUUUUAGAUGAGAAAUUUUCGAGAUUUCUAUCGGAUUUGAUUUUAUUGAUGGAAAACGUUUAUGGAUGACUCUUAAGACUGAAUUUCAUUGACAAUUCAUUAAAUUACUCGUUAUAGCACGUUAAUCAUAUUACUAUUACUUCUAGAUAAUUAGAAUAGUCUUUUAAGCGAUCACUGAAAUCACAUUUCAAAAAUGGCAAAACUAAGCGUGGAACAACAAGGAUGGCAGAAACUUUUCUACCUAUAGCAAUAAAAUUUUUACAUCAACGUUUGUAUUUUGUGUCAUUUUGCUGUUCAUCUUGCUCAAGCGCACCUAAAGGCUGAUAUUCGGUGUGGUCGUCAGUUAAAAAAGAUUGACAGGGUCUUCAGCUUAUCAAUUAGUUGAACAAAAUAUUCCUGUGUCAGUAUAGGAAAACAUUCGACGGUAUUGUUAUACAUAUCAACGUAAUAUUUGUGACACGUAAUCUUUUUAAUGUUAAGUGUUUUAUUGUACAUAUUGUUGCGAGUUUUAAGUUAAGUUUGGUGAUGAGAUUAUUAUUCUAAAAGCAUUAUGGAAAUACAUUUGGUCAUUUUUUGAAGAAAAAUAUUGACCAUUAUUCAAUGUGUUGAUUUUUCGUUUUUAAAAAUGUUUAUUGUUAAAAAAAAAAGGUGCACUGCUACC